AUGGCGUCUCAAGCUGCUUUGUCCCAAAGUCCUCGGACGUCGUCGCCAUCAUCUGCGAAACAAACUGAAGUUCGAAAAACUCAAUCAGUGCGAUCGCUGCCCACGCGCAAAUCCGCAGAUACAAACUCGAAUUCACCGCUUGGGCGCGUGGAUAGUAAAACAAGGAUUGAAGAUCUGCUGGACGGGGCGAGGAGUAGGAAGGUUAAGCUGUCUGGGGAUAUGGCUAGGAGGAGGGGACAGGAGGAUGGGGUUGAUGAGGGUGUGGAUGAGGCGACGAGGUUGGAUGUGAGUGGGCAGAGAGGAUAUGCUGGGACGGAGGUGAGGGAGAGGGAUGUAGCUGGUGGUGGUGUAGAUGAGGGGGAAGUGCUAGGAGGAGAGGAAGAGGGAGAUGGAGAUGGUUAUUGGACUCGUCUCCUCAGUAAAUACGGGAGUAUUGAACUGGAGAAUAAAGGAAGUGUAGCGCGCGAUCAUUUGGCACUUGAACGUACAUUCCUAGCCUGGCUCCGCACCUCCCUGGCCUUCGCCUCCAUCGGCAUAGCCAUCACGCAGCUCUUCCGUCUCAACACCACCUCCGCCGCCGCCCACACGCGCAUCCGCCAGAUGGGCAAACCCCUCGGCGCGACGUUCCUCGCCAUCUCGAUCCUUGUCCUCGGCGUCGGGUUUCAUCGCUACUUUGAGGCCCAGCAUUGGGUUAUCAGAGGCAAGUUUCCGGCGAGUAGGGGCAGUGUGGCGCUUGUUGCGGGUGUGACAUUGGGUUUGAUGGUUACGAGUUUGGUUGUUGUGUUGGCGGUUGAGCCGGGGGGUUUCGAAAGGAGGUGA